AAUACUGGUAUAAUACUGUCAUGGCGGGGAAGAGCUGUAGCAGGGGGUAAAUCAGGAAGAGAAAGCGCUGUAAGUGGGUUAACACUGAAAUUUGAACAAGUCAAGCAGUUUUUAGGGAAGGACCGAGUGGAUGACUGCUGUCCCUUGUCGAGCACCACUGGCGCUGUUGCGGUACUUGAGCCACGUUUAGGAGUUGUUGCUCAUGACAGCACUCUACCUGUCAAGCCUGCUGUGACAAUAGCAAGUUCUACUGCUGUAGCCUGGCUGGACUAGUGAAGAAAUGAAAGUCGCAGGUACCUCUUAUAUUUUGACAGAGGGGAGGAAGGGCAAGGUCUCUGCGACUUGCCUUUAGAACCAAAUCUUAUUAAGCCGGUCCAUUUUAGUGAACGGGUUUUGAUGCAUUAUUUCAUUCGCCUCCUUAUCAAGUUUCCGACCGGGGGAGAGGAGUUCUACAUGGAAACGCAGUGACAACUCCAAUGUCGCGGUGUCAUCGAGUAGAAAACCAACUCUCGUGCGCCUGUGCCUUUCGCGGACUACAAAACAUACUUUGUUGACUCGAAGGCUUAUUUUGGGAACUGUUUUGAAUGGGGAGGGAAAUAUUUUCGUUGUUUACCUCCAGACUGUCGACAUAGCUGGAAAGAGGAUACCAUUGUUUUUUUUUCUUUCACCGACUUUACUGUAUCCCAUUACCGCGUUUGGGGGUGAACAGGUGCCUUACCUGUCAACGCCACCUGUCCUCCUGUAGCGAUGGCUAGCGAGGAGACGCCUGGUGCUGGGCGACCAGCCGGGCAAGGUGAUGGAGCUGCGGCGGUGUCGCUCAACCCUGGCAUCCCAAUCCGAGGAAUCAAAAUGAAAUUCGCUGUCCUCGCCGGUCUGGUGGAAGUUGGGGAAGUUUCCAACCGGGACAUUGUGGAGACCGUCUUCAACCUGUUGGUGGGGGGCCAGUUUGACCUGGAGAUGAACUUCAUUAUCCAGGAGCAGGACAGCAUUGUGUGCAUGGUGGAGCUGCUGGACAAGUGUGAGCCCACGUGCCAGGCGGAGGUGUGGAGCAUCUUCACGGCUAUCCUGAAGAAGAGCGUGAGGAACCUGCAGGCCUGCACGGACACGGCCCUCAUCAACCUGGUCCUGGACCGCGUGGCCCACACUGACAGCAUGAUCGCAGACCUGAUGGUGGACAUGCUAGGAGUGCUGGCCAGCUACAGCAUCACAGUCAAGGAGCUGAAGUUGUUCUUCAGCAAACUGCAAGGAGAGAAAGGCCAAUGGCCUCCCCAUGCGGUGAAGCUGCUGUCUGUUCUGAGGAGCAUGGCCCACCGGAACGGACCUGACUCUUUCUUCAGCUUCCCAGGGAAGAGUGCUGCUGCUAUAGCUCUGCCCCCUAUAGCCAAAUGGCCGUACCAGAGUGGAUUCACCUUCCACACGUGGCUCCGCAUGGAUCCAAUCAACAACAUCAAUGUUGACAAGGACAAGCCUUACCUGUACUGUUUUCGCACCAACAAAGGUCUGGGAUACUCUGCACACUUUGUGGGCGGCUGUUUGAUUGUGACCUCGUUAAAGUCCAAGGGGAAGGGAUUCCAGCACUGUGUGAAAUAUGACUUCAAACCACAGAAGUGGUACAUGGUGACCAUCGUUCAUGUCUACAACCGCUGGAAGAACAGUGAGAUCAGCUGCUACGUCAAUGGAGAGCUCGCCUCCUACGGAGAAAUCACCUGGUUCGUCAACACCAGCGACACUUUCGACAAGUGUUUCCUGGGUUCGUCAGAGACGGCGGACGCCAACCGUGUGUUCUGUGGUCAGAUGGGGGCGGUGUAUCUGUUUGGCGAGGCCCUCAGUGCAGCCCAGAUCCUGGCCAUCUACCAGCUGGGGCCUGGUUACAAGGGCACGUUCAAGUACAAGGCUGAGAGUGACCUCCUGUUUGCUGAGCACCACAAGAUCCUACUGUACGACGGCAAGCUGUCCUCCUGCAUCUCCUUCUCCUACAACCCCCACGCCACCGACGCUCAGCUGUGCCUGGAGUCCUCCCCCAAGGACAACGCCUCCAUCUUCGUCCACUCGCCACACGCUCUCAUGCUGCAGGAUGUGAAGGCUGUGGUGACCCACUCGGUCCAGAGUGCCAUCCACUCCAUCGGGGGAGUGCAGGUCCUCUUCCCCCUGUUUGCACAGCUGGAUCACCUCCAGCACACCAGCGAUGAACCGGACACCUCUGUCUGUUGCACCUUGCUGUCCUUUGUGAUGGAGCUGCUGAAGAACUCUGUGGCUAUGCAAGAGCAGGUCCUGGCCUGCAAGGGCUUCCUGGUCAUCGGUUACACUCUGGAGAAGUCUUCCAAGGUGCAUGUGACUCGGUCCGUGCUGGACAUCGUGCUGGCCUUCGCCCGUUACCUCAGCAACCUGCAGAACGGCGUCCUGCUGCUCAAGCAGCUGUGUGACCACAUCCUGUUCAACCCUGCCAUCUGGAUCCAUGCCCCUGCCAAGGUGCAGUUGGCGUUGUACACCUACCUGUCCACCGAGUUCAUCAGCACGGUGACCAUCUACAACGCCAUCCGCAGGGUGGGCACGGUACUGCAGGUCAUGCACACGCUCAAGUACUACUACUGGGUCGUCAACCCCCAGGACCGCAGCGGAGUCACGCCCAAGGGCCUCGACGGUCCGAGACCCAAUCAGAAGGAGAUCCACUCUCUCAGAGCUUUUCUGCUGCUGUUUGUGAAGCAACUCAUAAUGAAGGAUUACGGAGUGAAGGAAGAUGAGCUUCAGAGUAUUCUCAACUACCUGCUCACCAUGCAUGAGGACGACAAUCUAAUGGAUGUGCUUCAGCUGCUGGUGGCUCUGAUGUCGGAGCAUCACGGCUCCAUGGUGCAGGCCUUUGAUCAGCGCAACGGAGUACGGGCCAUUUACAAGCUGCUGGCUUCCAACAGUGAAGGAAUCAGAGUUCAGGCACUCAAAGUCUUGGGCUACUUCCUCAAACACUUGCCCGCUAAGAGGAAGUCAGAGGUCAUGCUGGGUCACGGCCUCUUCUCCCUGCUCAACGAGCGACUGAUGCUCCACUCCAACCAGUUCAGCAUGACAACCUACAACGUGCUCUUCGAGAUCCUGACCGAGCAGAUCUGCACUCAAGUGAUCCAUAAACAGCAUCCGGACCCCGACUCCAAUGUGAAGAUUGUCAACCCGCAGGUCCUGAAGGUGAUCGCUGCCCUGCUGAAGAACUCUCCCCUCUCCCCAGAGAGCAUGGAGGUGCGCAGGGUCUUCCUGUCAGACAUGAUCAAACUGUUCAAUAACAGCAAAGAUAACAGGAGGAGCCUGCUGCAGUGCUCGGUGUGGCAGGAUUGGAUGCUCUCUCUGUGCUUCAUCAACCCCAAGAGCAGCGAGGAGCAGAAGGUCACUGAGAUGGUGUACGCCAUCUUCCGCAUCCUGCUCUACCACGCCAUCAAGUACGAGUGGGGCGGCUGGCGCGUGUGGGUGGACACCCUGUCCAUCACCCACUCCAAGGUGACCUUCGAGCAGCACAAGGAGAACCUGGCCCGUAUGUUCCGUCAGUACCAGAGACUGGGCUCCGAGGGCGAUGCGGCUGGUAUCCGGACCAUUUCCGGGGCCAGCCGAGACUCUGAGAUUCAGGGCCAGCUCCGGACCAACAGGGAUCAGGGGGAGGAGACUGCCCCCUCCACCGUGAUCGAGCUCACCAUUGACCCAGAGGGGGUCCCCCAGAACCAGGAGUCCCCCAACACUACUCCUCCCUCAGCAACCUCAACAGCAUCUGCCUCCACCCCCAGCCCUCCAGAGAGAGAAGGAGAUAGAAGUCAGAGGGGUCAAGCACCCAUAACUGUGUCCAACAUGCUGGCCAGAGCUGAAGAAGCGGAGACGGAGGAACUACAGCAGGUCCAGAAUCAGAUCUCUGAGGAUCAGAGAGGAGGUGCUGGUGACAGAGCUGAAGCUACUACACAGGAGACUGAAGCUAAACUUACUGAGGAUAAAGUCAUCAGUAAGACCGUUGAGGCCCUGGCUGAGACUGAGACCGCCACAGACAAGACUGAUGAUGCUGCAGCAUCUAGCACAGCUGAAACAGACGAAGCGACCAAGCCAGGAACUGAUGUCGCGAAGGUGGCUAAAACAGAAACAAGCGACGAUGCUAAAACAUCUGAUACCGACAAAGUAGUAAGACCUCAAACGGAUGGAGAGAAGGGGUCAGAAACGCACAGCUACAAAGACGCCAACGUUCUUAUGUCUGAAGAUUCCCUGAACGAACCCAAGGAACUGGCAAAGCAACCGGAGGAACAGGUCUCUGCUGCGGUCUCGGCCUGCCAGAAGGGCAGCGUGGCGGAGGGGUCAACAGCCGGGGCAUCUGUCCAGUCAGUCAGUGACCAGGUCCGACCCAGCUCCACCGACGACAGCAUGGAGGAAUCCUCUUUUGUCUCCGCCACUGCUGGAGAGGAGGGGAAGACAGAGGGGGGGAAGACAGAGGGGGGGAAGACAGAGGAGGGGAAGACAGAGGAGGGGAAGACAGAGGAGGGGGAGACAGAGGAGGGGAAGACAGAGGUUGUAGUUGAGGAGGAGAAGAUGGAAGGGGUUAAAGCAGAGGAGAUCAAGACAGAAGAGGUUAAAACUGAAAAGAAGAAGGAAGAGGAGAGUGUUGCUGAGGUCACAAAGUCAGCAGUAGAAAGUCAAGAGAUACCACCUGAUUCUGUACCUGAGGAGAGUCAGACACAACCCCCUCAAAUGGAGGAGAUUGACCUUGACCUGUCUGCACCAGGCACCGACCCCACCAGCACAGAGCCAGCACAGCAGCCUUUAGAGUCCACAAUGUCGCCCCCUACAGCCCUGGAGGCUAUACUACCAACACCAGCAGCAGUAGGGGCCACUGUCUCUAAAUCUGACACCCCACAGGCUGUAGCACCAGCAGAGGCCCCCAGCACCAAAGCGGUCCAGCCAGAAGCCCCACAGGCCUCAGGGGCCACAGAGGCCCCCAGCACCAGGACUGAUACCUCUCCGAAGGUAGCCUCUGCUACUGCUGGGGAGGCAGGGAAAGACAGUGCAGCAGAGGGCCCUGGCUCUGCCACCAAGACCAAAGAGAUCCACAUUGCCAGGCUGGAUGUGUCCAGUGUGGCCUCAGACACAGAGAGACUGGAGCUAAAGGAGACCUCCACACCUGAAGUUCCUCAGGGCGACGCGGCUGCAGCCGGUGCCUCAGGAGGCCAGGCCAGAGAGAGCAGCUCCUCCGCUCGUUCCACCAUGUUCCGUAUUCCAGAGUUCUGUUGGUCUCACAUGCACCAGCGCCUGCUCACAGACCUGCUCUUCUCCAUCGAGACUGACGUGCAGAUGUGGAGGAGUCACUCCACUAAGACGGUGAUGGACUUUGUGAACAGCAGUGAGAAUGUGGUGUUUGUCCACAACACAGUGCACCUCAUCUCUCAGGUGGUGGACAACCUCAUCAUGGCCUGUGGAGGCAUCCUGCCCCUGCUUUCCGCUGCCACAUCCUCCUCACAUGAUCUGGAGAACAUUGAGCCGUCCCAGGGUCUGUCGGUGGAGGCGUCUGUCACCUUCCUGCAGCGCCUCAUCAACCUGGUGGAUGUUCUGAUCUUCGCCUCCUCCCUCAACUUCACCGAGAUCGAGGCUGAGAAGAACAUGUCCUCUGGGGGUAUCCUCAGACAGAGCCUUCGCCUGGUGUGUGCCAUGGCUGUGAGGAACUGUCUGGAAUGUCAGCAGCACUCUCACUUCAAGCCCAGCCAGUACAGCGCCCGUGGCCAGCAAGCCGUGCAAAGCCUCAUGGGAGCCGCCAAGUCCAUGCCCGCGCAGAGCCCUGUUGAUGUUGUGACAGGAGGGAUGUCUCCCAUCAGAGACAUGGACCGUCUUCUACAGGAAAUGGACAUCAACCGCCUCAGAGCCGUGGUCUUCAGAGAUAUCGAGGACAGUAAGCAGGCUCAGUUCUUGGCCCUGGCCGUGGUUUACUUCAUCUCUGUUCUCAUGGUGUCCAAGUACCGAGACAUCCUGGAGCCCCAAAACGACAAGAAACCCCCCCAGCGCAGCCAGUCUGCCAGGAGCGCAGACAGUAAUGCCGUCUCUGGCGGUCCCGAGCUGGAGAGCAGUGUGUCCCUCCGUCGCCGAGACUCUGGCAUCGGGGAUGACCAUAGCUCCGUGGCCCCCAGCGAGGCAGACUCCACCGCCCAGGGGCCCGACGCCGUGUCCGAGGCCCUGUCCACCCUCUCCUCAGAGGUCAGGGGUCACAGAGACAACACCACGGCGGACGUCAGGGGCGGGAAGAACGUGAAGGACAUCCUGCGCAGCCUGGUCUCGGCGCCUGCUGAUGACAUCAUGGUGGACCCCAGCCUUCUGCCGCCGGCCUUCCUGGGAGCUGCUAUGGGAAACAACCCCAACCAGUUCAGAUCCUUUGACAGAAGCGUUCGGGUGGCGCCCAAGAAGGUGGGCGGGGCUCCGUCCCCAGGCUCCUCCACUCCUGUCCCAUCAGCCACCGCUGCUGUGGCGGCCGCCGGGACACCAGUCAACAACGUUGCCGUGGUUUCCACGGGCGAUGCCUCCCAGAGCACCACCGCUGAGACUACAGCCGGAUCAGCCAGCGCCAACCUGCCAUCUGUCCCCACGCUGUCCCCAAUGACCCGGGACACAGCCCCCAGUAUGAGUAUCUCAGAGAGGCUGGAGCAUGCUCUGGAGAAGGCUGCCCCCCUACUGAGAGAGAUCUUUGUGGACUUUGCCCCUUUCCUCUCUCGCACCCUGCUGGGUAGUCACGGACAGGAGCUCCUCAUCGAGGGCACCAGUCUGGUGUGUAUGAAGUCCAGCAGUUCGGUGGUAGAGCUGGUCAUGCUGCUCUGUUCUCAGGAGUGGCAGAACUCUAUCCAGAAGAACGCAGGCUUGGCCUUCAUCGAGCUGGUCAACGAGGGCAGGCUACUGAGCCACACCAUGAAGGACCACCUGGUGCGGGUGGCCAAUGAGGCGGAGUUCAUCCUGAGCCGACAGAGAGCCGAGGACAUCCACAAACACGCCGAGUUUGAGUCCCACUGUGCCCAGUACUCGGCUGAGAAGCGUGAUGAGGAGAGGAUGUGCGACCACCUGAUCCGAGCGGCCAAGUACCGCGACCACGUGACAGCCACCCAGCUCAUCCAGAAGAUAGUCAACAUCCUGACGGACAAACACGGUGCCUGGGGAAGCUCUGCCUUCAGCCGUCCUCGGGAGUUCUGGCGGCUCGACUACUGGGAGGACGACUUGAGGCGGCGCCGGCGCUUCGUCAGGAACCCCUUCGGAUCCACUCACUCGAAGGCCACGCUCAAAGCUGCAGCCGAACACGUGGUACCUGGCAUUAAUGCUCCCGAGGAAGAUGUCCUCAAAGGCAAACAGUCCAUCAGAAGUCAGGCGCUGGGAAAUCAGAACUCUGAGAGUGAGAUAUUGUUGGAUGGCGACGAUGACACUCUAUCAUCCUUGGAGGAGAAGGAAUUGGAGAACCUAACAGGCCCUGUAAACAUGAGCACUAGCGCUCAGCUGGUCGCCCCAGCGGUGGUGGUGAAAGGAACGCUGUCCAUCACCGCGUCUGAACUCUACUUCGAGGUGGAUGAAGAAGAGGCCAGCUUUAAGACGAUCGAUCCAAAGAUCCUAACCUACACAGAGGGCCUCCAUGGUAAAUGGCUGUUCACAGAGAUCAGGGCUGUCUUCUCCAGACGUUACUUGCUACAGAACACUGCUCUGGAGAUUUUCAUGGCCAACAGAACUGCGGUCAUGUUCAACUUCCCAGAUGCAGGCACGGUCAAGAAGGUGGUCCAAUGCCUCCCUCGCGUGGGGGUGGGCACCAACUUUGGCCUCCCACAGACCAGGCGUAUCUCCCAGGCCAGUCCCAAGCAGCUCUACAAGGCCUCCAACAUGACCCAGCGCUGGCAGCGCAGAGAGAUCUCCAACUUUGAGUACCUGAUCUUCCUCAACACCAUCUCUGGCCGUACGUACAACGACCUGAAUCAGUACCCCGUCUUCCCCUGGGUCAUCACCAACUACGACACUGAAGACCUGGACCUCACUCUGCCCAGCAACUACAGAGACCUGUCCAAGCCCAUUGGUGCCCUGAACCCCAAGAGGGCGGCGUUCUUCAACGACCGCUAUGAAUCCUGGGAGGAUGACCAGGUGCCCAAGUUCCACUACGGAACCCACUACUCCACCUCCUCCUUCACCCAGAUGUGGCUGCUGCGCAUCGAACCCUUCACCACCAUGUUCCUCAACUUCCAGGGAGGGAAGUUUGACCACGCUGACCGCACCUUCUCCUCCGUGUCCCGAGCCUGGAGGAACUGCCAGAGAGACACGUCCGACGUCAAGGAGUUGAUCCCAGAGUUCUACUACCUCCCUGAGAUGUUUGUAAACGCCAACAACUACAGCCUGGGGGUGAUGGAGGACGGGACUGUGGUGUCUGAUGUGGAGCUGCCGCCGUGGGCCAAGACCCCCGAGGAGUUUGUACGCAUCAACAGACUGGCUCUGGAGAGUGAGUUUGUGUCGUGCCAGCUGCACCAGUGGAUCGACCUGAUCUUUGGCUACAAGCAGCAGGGUCCUGAGGCCACCAGGUCUCUCAACGUCUUCUACUACCUGACCUAUGAAGGGACCAUCAACCUUAGCUCUAUCACCGACCCCAUGCUCAGAGAGGCUGUGGAGGCACAGAUCAGGAGUUUUGGACAGACCCCAUGUCAGCUGCUCAUCGAGCCACACCAACCAAGGAGCUCUGCCAUGCAGGUGUAUGUCCUCCUGCAGAGCCCGUUGAUGUUCACGGAGCAGAUGCAGCAGGAUGUCAUCAUGGUGUUGAAGUUCCCCAGCAACUCUCCCGUGGCCCACGUGGCCGCCAACACCCAGCCGGGCCUCGCCACGCCCGCCAUCAUCACCGUCACCGCCAACCGCCUCUUCGCCGUCAACAAGUGGCACGGCCUGGCCGGUCAUCAAGGCUCCUCUGUGCAGGACCAGCAGUACCAACUGCCCGUGGAAAUCGACCCUCUGAUAGCCAGUAACGUGGGGACCCACCGUCGUCAGAUCACAGACCUGUUGGACCAGAGCAUUCACAUCCACUCUCAGUGUUUCAUCAUCACCGCAGACAACCGCUUCAUCCUGCUCUGUGGCUUCUGGGACAAGAGCUUCCGCGUCUAUUCCACUGACUCAGGGAAGCUGACCCAGAUAGUGUUUGGUCACCGUGAUGUGGUGACGUGUCUGGCCAGGUCUGAGUCGUACAUCGGAGGGGACUGCUACGUCCUGUCAGGCUCCAGAGACGCCACGUUACUGCUCUGGUACUGGAACGGAAAACACAGCAGCAUCGGAGAGAACCCAGGAACUGAGUUUGUGACGCCCAGAGCCAUCCUGACGGGUCAUGACUGUGAGGUGACCUGCGCCAGUGUGUGUGCCGAGCUGGGAUUGGUCAUCAGUGGCUGCAGAGAGGGCCCGUGUCUGAUCCAUUCCAUGAAUGGGGACCUGCUGCGGACCCUGGAGGGCCCGGUGGGCUGCAUGCAGCCCCGUCUCAUCCAGUCCUCUACAGAGGGCCACGCCGUAGUCUACUAUGACAAGGGACACUUCUGCUUCUUCUCCAUCAACGGAAAGCUGCUGGGGCACAUGGAGGUGGAGGAGAACAUCAGGGCCAUGCUGCUGAGUCGGGACGGACAGUACCUGCUGACGGGGGGAGACGGGGGAGUUCUGUCUGUCUGGCAGGUUCACAACCUCAAACAGAUGUUCACCUACCCUGGCUGUGACGCAGGCAUCCGCUCCAUGGCCAUGUCCAACGACCAAAGGUGCAUCAUAACCGGCAUGGCGUCUGGUAGUAUAGUCCUGUUCUACAAUGACUUCAACAGGUGGCACCACGAGUACCAGACCAGAUACUGAGGCAGGACCACAACAACAAUCCCUGAGAGUCUGGUUAACGUGGGACCUACCUACUGCAAUCCUGUUGUUCUAAGGCACUACUCAAUACAUAUUGAUAUCCUGAAUGUAUCUUAAGAGAAGAAAAACUGUCUGAUUCUGUCAAAAGAAGCAAACUAUUUUUAAAAAAAGGGCAUUGCUAUAUUUUGUAGGGCAUAUCGAAAAUUUCAUAUAAUAUAAUAUCUUAGGGUGGGGUUAUAUACCUAUGGUUACAAAUCUAUUUUUAGCUUGUUAAGAGUCUAUUUUCAUCUCGAGCAGAGGAAAAUAAGGGUUCAAAGUGGAAGUAGGUAGAAAAGUAUAUUUGCAUCUAUUGUCUUAAGAAUCCAUAUAUUUGUGUACGUUAGGGGUGAGUGAUGAUUUUCAGUAGGUGUGAAACGUGGAGAUAUAAUCAUUAUUUUGGUCAUUAAUAUCCUUUUUUUUUCAUGCUCUUUUUGCUACUGUGUGGAAACACAGGGAAAUAAAAUAUGUGAAGUUUGUGUGGUGAUCGAGCAGGAAGUUCAUUAAGUCCUUUAUGUGUUCAUGACUUGAGAGGGAAUAUAUUCUAUUUAAAUGUUUGUACCACACCUCUGUGUAAACGGACAGAUCUUGCCUUCCUGUGCAUGAGUUAUUCCUCUGCUGUCCUGAUGGUGGCGUACACUGCACAAAGACUUGUCACCUGUUGUCAUAUGUGUAUCAGACAGUCAUCAUAGUAACAAGAUGGCUGCCGGUGUGAUUAGUUUGUUUGUAUCCGAGUGUUGUCAUGACGAUCAUUAGCUUUAUUAUGUAUGUACUGUAACCAUACUGAUGAAUAAUAUGUCUGUCAGUAGAAACAAAUGUCAUGGGCUACGUCCUAAUUUUGUAAAAUGGCGUCCUUUCCUCAUCUAAUUUCCUUCAUAUUGCUUACUUAUCACCUAUCAGAACUUUACAUGAAGGAGACGGGACGAGGAAAGGAAGCCAUUCCAAAUGGCCGACGUAGCCAUGAUAUGCUUCUUUGUAUAACUUCUUGUUAGCUUUACCUCCUCUACUGAGGCAUUUGCAGUACUUAAGCAUAUACUGUAUCAUAUUAGCAAUCGACACAGUGCCCAAACCAUGCUAGGAUCAUCAAAGUCCAUCAAAGUAUCUCAUCUUGGCAAAGAGAGGUGCAGCGAAAUGAGGGACUUGUCUGUGUGUCACGGUGAAUAUUCACUGGUUAAACCAGACCACAGACAACCCUGGUCCUGGACAGCCAAAGGGUGUGCACUUUUUGGUUCAAGCCCAGCUUUAAAAUACCUGAUUCUACCUAAUUAUGGGCCUUCGGGUCAAAACUGAAUUGGAUCAGGUGUUUCGGUGCAGGGUUGGAACACCCAAUGUGGUUCCUCCAAUACAACGGUUGCUCAUAAGGAGAAACAUUCCGUGUUGGUUUGAUCUACGCUUGGUGUGGUUACGAUUACAAUGAAAUGGCUACUACUGUAUUUUCUAUGUAUCGCUCAAUAUUUUGGCAAUCAAUUUGGAAUGAGUGUUUUUGACGCGUGAUGAGUUCUGACAAAUAAAAUAGAAUUUUUUAACUUAA